AAAGCUGCAGGGUAACUAUGGGUUUAAGAGGUUCCUGCGAGAUGGUUACAGCACUGUUUUAGAGGACAAGAAGAGAAAGUACUACAAGCCGGCUGAAAUCAAGUUAUUUGAUGGGAUUGAGUGUGAAUGGCCAGUGUUUUACAUCUACAUGAUCAUUGAUGGUGUUUUCCGAAAUAAAGAAGAACAAGUAGAGAAGUACUGCAGGAUGUUACAGCCAUUGCUGCAGGACAACGGGGAACUUGGUGUGGUGAUCCCAAAGUACUACUUUGUGUCUGAGGAGAAUGUGGAGGCUGAGAGGAAGGCCCCGGGGACCCAGAAGAGAGUCCCCAGUGAUGAGGGUACUGAUGGUAAACUGUUCCUGUGGGGACAGUCACUGUACCUUAUAGCCUGCCUUCUAGUUGAAGGUCUCCUGAGUACUAAAGAGCUGGAUCCCAUAGGGAAGAGUCUUCCUCCAGGAGAGAGGAGCAACGUCAACUCCAGAUACUCCUCCUUUAGGAGCCAGAGCUAUGUUUCUGACCAGUCGAUUCAGAUGGUGCUGAUAGCUGAGAGUACCAGUCUGCAGGCAACCCUUGCCAUGUACGGUAUCCAGACCCAGACUCCUCAGCAGGUAGAACCCAUCCAGAUCUGGCCACCAGGAGAACUAGUCAAGGUUUAUGAGUUUCUUGGGGUCAACAAGAAGUUAGGACUAACAGGAAGACCACCCAGACCUGUUGGGUCCCUCGGAACAUCCAAGAUCUACCGUAUUCUGGGCAGGACAGUUCUGUGUUACCCACUUGUGUUCAACCUCAGUGACUUCUACAUGUCACAGGACAUGUCCCUACUCAUCGAUGACAUCAAGGACCACCUUUGCAUAGUGCGGGAUAGUUGGUGCAUGGAUACGGUGGCCAAGUUUGGCCGCAACUCCGUAUGCGCCCGCCCCACACAGUGCUUUUAUCUGAAGGACUACAUGAUAAGAAGUGGACACAUGUCGGAGCUGCUGGACAUGCUGGCAGCCUUCAAGAGAGGUGAAUAUGCCGGGGUGAAGAUACGACUGGGAAACCUGCAGACUCUGAUGUCCACUGCCUGCGUGGAACACCUGGACUUCAUGCUGAGUGAGUACAUGGACAUCGGACUGGGAAGUCUUGAAGUGAAGCCCCUGGAAGAGAGGGAGGACAGUCAUGUUCUGGACCGGCACACAAGGAAGGCUUCCACCGGGACAUUACAUCAUGAGGAGGAGGAUGUGUCCAUGGAGGACAUGAGUAGUUCUCCUACAUGGGAGGUUAUCCAGCAUCUCCAGACCUGCACCAGUCUUAAAGGACAAAGUCUCCUCCUCCGGGUGCUUCUUAAGAGAGAGGGGCCCAACUUCAUCACUGAUGAAGGCACUAUUGUGGACAGGCUGGAGAGACUGUGUAGGAAGGCAGGAGAUAUGAAAUACUGGUCUGUUGUUCGGCUGACAGCCAGCCUGUGUGGGAAGUUGGUGGACAGUCUGGCACCUUCCAUCACCAGUGUACUGGUCCGGGGGAAACAGGUGACGUUGGGAGUGUUUGGUCAUGAGGAGGAGGUUAUUUCCAACCCUCUGUCUCCAGGAGAGAUAAAGAACAUCGUGUACAGUAAGUGCAUGCCUCACGACGAGCGGGAGGCAGUUCUACAGCAGGAGAUGAUCAUCUACAUCGGUAACAUCAUCUCAACUACACCAGAACUGUUCGACGGCAUUCUCAAAAUAAGGGUUGGAUGGUUCAUCCAGGCAAUGAAGAAUGAACUAAAAGCUUCCAGUGCAGGGAAGAAACAGAUUUGUGGGUCCCAAAAUCUUGACAACAACAAACAGCACCAUAGUAUGGACAUCCACAGUCUGUCUCCCAGUGCCAUCAAACAGCUGCUCAUCACAGUCCUCACACAGAAGAGAGAAGACUGGCUGCACCAGAGACAGCUGGACGGUGCUCUGGGCAGGACACCAAAGGACUUCUAUGACAAAGUUUGGCAGAUCCUGGAGCGCAGCCCGGCUGGUUUCACAGUCUCAGGCUUCCACCUCCCUCAGCAACCUACUUUAUCGGACAUGACUCUGUCAGAGAUGAACUUUGCCCUGUUGGUGGAGAGGAUGCUGGGAAGGAUUGCCCAACCGGAGUACCGACAGAUUAUGGUAGAGAUGCUGAUGGUGUUGUCCACUAUCCUGUAUCGUAACCCAGAGUUGGAGUUCCAAGGUUGUGUGGAGCUAGACAAGUUGGUCCAGGAAUCCUUUCAAUACUUCCAACAAGACCAGAGUCAAAGUCACGGCCAGGAGAAACAGGUAGGGAUGUGGUGGUACUUGUUUGGACAGUCUAGGCCAUGUCCUCUCACUCACUCUGCCCUGGAGCCACAGGCU